AUGUGCCACCUCUUUGGUGUAGUGGAAGAACUACCCGAUUUAGCCUGCAGAGCUUACGACAUCGCCGUAAGCUUGUGACCUCCUGCGGUGCACCAAACGGAACCUCGUCUCGACGAUGUCGAUGCGAAUUUCCAUUCGACCAGCCGCCCAGCGGAGUCCACGAUACCGUGUGCGCAGAUGCACAUACGGAUUUCCUCGCCUGGUUUAUCCCACCGGUCAAGGCGGUUACCGGUGUGCGGUCGGCAGGCAGAGUCUUGUUUCAGGGAGCCACAUGUGAGAGCUGGGUGCCAGCGAAUGGGCGCUAGGCGUAGUCUGCACCUGCAAGCAAGUGAGCGACCUAAUACGACUGUCAUGUGAACCCACCGCUGGACACUCCUACACAACACACCAAAUUGUGGCAGGUGAAGAAGGCCGAUCUGUUGGGGUGGGCGUAGGGUCGGCAUAGGCAACCUUCAACUGAUCGACUGAUAGCACUUCGGUGUGAUCGCCAAGGACGGUUUUGAAGUGUUUGUCCGGCGCGACAGGACUCGAAAUGGUCCGUUGUAGGGCCGUUACAGUAGCUUACGAACGCUAUGUACGCGAGCAAAUACCAAAUAACACGUAAGCAAGCUAGGAUCAAUAUAUGACUUACUGCUGGAACGCAUGGAGAUAUGGUCCGGAGAUUAACCAUUGUUCGGCGCAACCAUAGUUGCAUCCAGGUCGACAAAGCUUUGGGAUGGCCCGUAAGCAAGAUCGGCAGUUGAGCACUAGAAGUCGGGUUUUAUCGAGGUUCUGAGUGAGGUUUUGGGUUGACGGUGAAAACGCUCGACUGGACCGUUGGAUGAGGGGUGGAAAGCUGUCGUGCGUAUGCGAGAGCAUCCGAGGUCAGAAAAGGCAUUAAGGAACCUAGAUUCAAAUCGUCGGCUUUGAUCAGUGGUAAUAGUGGUGAGGAUGUGGUGAGGUACCGGACUAAUUUACCUUUGACAAAUUAGUCCCGUUUUCUUUGCCCGGAUUGCUAGUUUGAAUGUGACGAAAAACAACACACCUGGACAACCCGCCUUGCUGGCCUGCUUUGCUGUCGCGCUCUGUUGUCAGGUUACUUAACGCUCAGAAUCUCUAUAUUAUUCACUGCGCAGUUUUACUUGCUGCCUUUAAGGCUAGGGGCUCGUGAGAUAUGACUCGUUAGUCCGUGAGAACAUUACCGUUUACGCCAUUGGUGAUUCCCGACGUUAACGCAGACGUUAUAACUUUAUAUGUCAUAUUGAAUAAUAUCUGACGUAUUAUUUGUUUGUGAAUUUCUAUUCCAGUUAUGUUGACUUUUCUCAUGAAUUUUCUCGAUAUUUUAUCAUCCCUGUCUGAAUUAUUAUGUCCUAAUCCAAUCAACAACUUGAUGUCCUCGUCCAGUCCCUUUAUGCCGUCAAUUUUACCUUGUCCGAAUUCUGGCAACACGCUCCAGAACAUUAUUUUGCCCUCAUCGCAUCAGCUUUUUAUUCUGCUAACGUUACCAAGGAGCUGGCGAACUACCACAAACUUAUGGAGGUUCUUCCUGCUAGGGUUAUCUUUCAUGUUUAGUCCUUGCUAUCUAAUCCUCCUGCAGAUGCUCCCUAUUCCACGUUAAAGGCAGGAAUUCUUCGACUUAAUUCUGUGUCCGAUCGACAGCGGUAUCACCAGUUAUUUAAGGAGGAGUCACUGGGUGACAGGAAGCCCUCAGAACUUCUACGUCGAAUGCGCUCUCUCUUUGGAGACAUUUAGGUUGACGAUAAAUUCGUCAAGGAGAGGCUCCUGGAGCGUCUGUCCGCAGAUGUCCAAACGAUCCUGGAGCCCGAUUCUCAAGAUCUAACGGUCUCACAGCCGGCUGAAAUGGCGGAUCGAAUGAUGGAGGUGCAGCGGUUCCAGUCACCGUCCGUUGCCCAAAUCUCCUCAUCCUCAUCGUCAGUGAAUGAGCAUUUAAUGAAGCAGGUGUCGGCCAUGGCGAAUGAGAUGGCCUCCCUUAAACUACAGCUCGCCCGCCUUACUUCCAGUCGCUCACGCAACCGUCGUCGUCCUCGUUCGCGACCUCGGACUGCCGAUACUUGUUGGUAUCACACUAAUUUUGGCGUAUAGACCCGUCGUUGUUCCUCUCCCUGCACUUUUAAGCCGAAACAGGGAAAUCAGUCAGCCAAAUAAUAGAUGUGACCGUUUACCCUGGCUCUUCCGGCUCUGGUCGCACCUUCUAUGUUUGCGACUUUCAUGCCGAGUUCGAUCUCCUUGUUGACUGUCGACGUGCCUGUCUGCUCGACCGCAUAACCGGUCUGUUUGUUCGUGGACUUACUCCCUUUACUGCCCCCACCUACUUAUCUGUCCUGGAUACAGAUAUUGGUAGCCCCUUUCGGCAACUGAUUCUUAGACACCCCAACAUGAUCAACCGCCAAUUUCGCAGUGGUGAGGUCCAACAUGAUCUUGUGCACCAUAUCCACACCCCAGGUCCUUCUGUGUUUACUCGUCCGAGGCUCCUAGCACCGGAGCGUUUCCAGGCCGCAAAGGCGGGGUUUAAACACAUGCUGCAACUGAGAAUAAUUCUCCCGUCCGAGAACCCUUGGGCGUCCCCACUGCAAAUGGUGCCCAAGGCGACAUCAGGUGACUGGGGACCCUGUGGCGACUAUCGUGCCGUCAAUAGCGUCACCAUUCCUGAUCGCUACCCCAUGCCUCAUCUUCAGGACUUUGCUGGAGCCCUUUUCGGCAAAGCGGUUUCUUCGAAGAUUGAUCUGGUGCGUGCUUUUCAUCAGAUUCCAGUCGCCACUGACGGCGUCCCUAAAACCGCCGUCACCACACCCUUCGGUCUCUUCGAGUUCGUCUGCGUGCCGUUCGGUCUUGGUAAUGCCGCCCAAACGUUCCAGAGGUUCGUCGACCAUGUCUUACGUGGCCUAUCCUUUGUGAAAGUCUAA